AUGCAUGCGACACCGAUAAAAAUCCAAACUUGAAAAAGUUCACUUUCUGUGAUACUAAAGUUGAUAUUAAAACACGAGUUGCUGAUCUGCUAAAGAGGAUGACAUUGCAAGAAAAGGCGGGAAGCCUAGUGAGCGUAGCCGACCCCAUCCCUCGCCUUGGCAUACCAUCUUAUGGGUGGUGGUCGGAGGCUUUGCAUGGCGUUUCUGACACCGGACCUGCAACUUGGUUCAACAAGACUGUAAUCCCCGGAGCCACUAGUUUCCCUCAAGUCAUACUCACUGCAGCCUCAUUCAACGAAUCUUUAUUUUAUAAAAUUGGACAGGUGGUUUCAACCGAAGCUAGAGCAAUGUACAACAACGGUGUAGCUGGCCUAACAUUUUGGUCACCCAAUGUAAACAUCUUCCGGGAUCCAAGAUGGGGAAGAGGGCAAGAAACACCAGGAGAGGAUCCAGUCCUAGCCAGCAGAUUCGGUGCAACUUAUGUUAGAGGCUUACAAGAGAGAGAGGAUGGUGAUAGAGAACGACUCAAAGUCGGGGCUUGUUGCAAACAUUUCACAGCCUAUGAUCUUGAUAAUUGGACUAGUGUCGAUCGAUUUCAUUUUGAUGCUAUCGUAACAAAGCAAGAUUUGGAGGAUACAUAUAACGCCCCAUUCAAAAGCUGUGUUUUCGAUGGAAAUGUUGCGAGUAUUAUGUGUUCUUACAACAUGAUGAAUGGCAAACCGACUUGCGCAGAUAAGGAACUUUUGGAAGAUACGGUUCGAGGUGAAUGGAAAUUAAAUGGAUACAUUAGUUCCGACUGUGAUUCAUUACAGUUCAUGUUUGAAGACCAACAUUGGAGAAAAACACCAGAGGAAGUUACAGCCGAUGCAUUACACGCAGGGUUGGAUCUCAACUGUGGGAUGUCACUAAAGAAUUUCACAGCAAAAGCAGUAGAAAAGGGGCUGGUGAAAGAAUCCGUAGUGGAUCGGGCUGUUACCAACAAUUUCGUGACACUUAUGAGACUUGGGUUCUUCGAUGGUAAUCCACGUAAUCAAUUUUAUGGGAAAUUAGGCAAGAAAGAUGUUUGCACACAGGCUACUCAAGAACUUGCUCGUGAAACUGCUAGACAAGGAAUUGUGUUGCUUAAAAACAGUUUUGGAUCUUUACCACUUCCUAGAAGAGCGAUGACGUCGUUAGCAGUAAUCGGACCUAAUGCUAAUGCCACAAAAGCCAUGAUUGGUAACUACGCAGGGGUUCCAUGCAAAUACACAAGUCCUCUCCAAGGGCUAUCGGAGUACGUUAAAACUAUAUACGUGGAAGGCUGUGAUAUAAAGUGUAACUCGACAAGUAAUUUCGAGGAGGCUAAUAAGGUGGCAGCUGAAGCAGACGCGGUGGUUCUUGUGAUGGGUACUGAUCUUUCUAUCGAGCAUGAGGCUCUUGAUCGGACCGAGAUAUUCCUUCCUGGACAACAAAAUCUUCUUGUUUCCGAGGUAGCACAUGCAGCUAAAGGACCUGUGAUUCUUGUUAUAAUGUCUGGAGGUGGAAUGGAUCUCAAUUUCGCAAAGUGUGACCAGAAAAUCUCCAGCAUUUUGUGGGUCGGGUUUCCAGGCCAAGAAGGUGGAGGUGCUUUAGCUGAUGUCAUUUUCGGUCGUUUUAACCCAAGUGGAAGACUACCCAUGACUUGGUUUCCACGAUCUUAUGUAGACAUUGUUCCGAUGACCAACAACAAGAUGAGACCAGACCCAGCUUCGGGCCAACCAGGCCAAACCUACAGGUUCUAUAAAGGGGAAACCGUGUAUCCAUUUGGGUAUGGAUUAAGCUAUUCUGCAUACGUUUAUCGACUCAUCAAAGCACCUAGUAUCAUGAAGAUCCCUCUAAACCAAGCUCACUCUUGUCGGUCAUCAUCUACCUGUGAUGCAAUCGACGCAGGAGAUAGUGUUUGCAAAGGCUUACAAUUUAAUAUUGAUGUCAUGGUAACAAACGACGGAAAAUUGACUGGAAGUCAUUCGGUGUUGCUAUUCUCUUCUCCUCCGGCUGUCUUUAAUGCACCUCAGAAGGAGUUAGUGGAUUUCAAGAAGGUGUGGUUGGCGCCAUGGCAGCGAACUGUCCUUAGCUUCAGGGUGAAUGUUUGCAAGCAGUUGAGUUUGGCUGAUGAAGAAGGUAAGAGGAAGGUUGCCUUGGGUCGCUAUCUUCUUCAAAUUGGUGACAUCAAACACCACAUAACUCUCACGGUUUGA